AUGUAUCACCUCUUAAAAGGCUUCCAUGAGUACUUGACGAGGAAAGAAGAGUUCUCAGUGAUUAUCAUCGGCCUUGAUGGUGCUGGCAAAACCACACUUCUGGAGAAAAUAAAGACUCUAUAUAAUGAGACUCCUGGGCUUGACCCGUCCAAGAUUGGCCCGACUGUGGGGCAAAAUACUGGCAAAAUAUCUCUCCCAUCCAGUAUCAUCAACUUCUUCGACCUCGGAGGACAACGCGGUAUUCGAUCAAUCUGGCACAGAUACUAUGACGACUGUCACGCCGUAGCGUACGUUAUCGAUGCGCAAGACCGAGAGAGGCUCAGUGAGGGCUGGGAAGUCUUCGACACAGUUCUCUCCUCCCCUCAAACGCUUAACAUCCCCCUCUUACUCCUCGCAAACAAACAAGAUUCCCCUUCAAGCCUCAGCGUUUCAGAGAUAAGGCAGGAUUAUGAAGAUUGGGAUCAGAGGAGGAGGGAGAGCGCGAGGAGGAGGUUUGGCGAGGACGAGGAUGCGGAAAUGGAGAGGAAACGGGAGAGGAUUGCUAGUUUGGAUGUUUUGGGAGCUUCAGGGCUUGAUGGAGCUGGCGUUCGCGAGGCCGUGGAUUGGUUGUUCUUACGUGUGCAGAAUAGUAGACGGUAUGUGAGCUAG